AUGGAUGGGGGUGAUCCGGUUGUGUGGAAGGUGGACCAAGUGAGGAGGGGAUGUGGGGACCACUUCUGUACCCUCUCGCCAAGAAGCACUGCGGCUUCCAUUGCCAUCAUAAGUUUGGUCUUCUGCUUGAUAGACAUGUUGACGUCAGACGCGUGCUUAUGCUGUCCGGCGCACGAGCAUGUGCAGUCCAUGCGUACUCUACUGCUUACCCUGUUUCAGAUGGCCAACCUGUUGUUACUGCUCGCUACUAUGGUGGAGAGCGCCUUACUAGUACACGUGUACGUGUGGUACACAUUGGCGUUCGUGCUGAUGGGACUCUUCGUGAGUCUAGUGGACUUCCUGCUGCGCGUGCGCAAGCAGGGCACCACUAAGGCAUGCUUCAUAUUCGUGCCUGAAGUCUCCUUCCUAUUUGUGCUGUUCAGAUGUCUACCCUUAGUAGACAGAUAUGGUAGAGAUAUAGAGGGCAUAUGCAUGUCGACGGGAUUCUGA